AUGGCGGGCGACGGAGAGGGAGCCGAGAGCUCCGCCGCCGGCGAGCGGCAGGGCGUGCCCUUCGCACUGGGCGGCCCGGUGUUCGUCCCCUUCAUGGUGGGCCCCAUCUCCACCGUACCAGAGUUCAUGUCCUCCGCCCUCCACGAGCUCCAGGCCUUGGAAGACGAAUUGGGUGACCCCGGCGACGAAUUUGACGAUGAGCUUUGUGUCGAUGAGCUAAAGGUCCUCUCUGAGGAGGAGCUGGUGGAGCGCGCCCUCCAGGAGGCUAUGGAGGACUCGGAUUCUGGCACUCAACCACAAUCAGAGGAUCAAACACUUGAUGGAGGGAUGUCAGCGAAUCCAACACCUACAAAUGAGGCCCUAACACUAAGCCCAUCGGCUGAAAGAGAGAGCUCUGGAUUGCCUGUUGAAGAUGUGGCGGCCGUAUUAAAUGAAUCACAAAGCAGCAAUAGCAAGCCCAGAGGCACAAAGGCAAAAGCCAGAUGCAGGAAGGGGAAAACUGGAACAGUCACACUAGAUUCUCCAGUUGAAGGAGAGAGCCAUGGAUCAGCUGUUGACAUGUCAAUCGUACCAUUUGAACCAGAACGUAGUGAGGGAAAUGGAACGACGCCUUCAAAUCCAUCAGCUGAAAAUGGUGUCUCUGAAUCACCUGUUGAUGGUAUGUCAAUUGUUCCACAUGAUCUAGAGGGAACUAAUGGACAAACAACAUGUAGGAAGGGCAAAAAGAGAGGCAGACAUUUUGAUAGAGAGGUUCGAGCAGAGAUUUUACAAGGAAGCUAUCUUACUAAAGCAGAGAAGUGGGUACAAAUCAAGGCCAAGCAAGACGAAGACAAAUUUACAGCAAGGCUGCAUUCUUUCAGUGGCAAUUCUGUUAAGCCCAAAGGUUCCAAGUCAUCAUCUGAGAAAAUUGAAAUGGCGAGAUCUCUUAAACUAAUCGGUGCACCUUGGAAGAACAAAGCUUUAAGAUCUGACAAGCACAGACCUGUGGUCCAUCCAGAAGUAAUUCUUUGUGUUGAAAUUUAUCAGAAGACAUAUGCCUCUGUUAAGUCCCAGGAACUUCUUGUGCUGGGAAGCCAAUUCCUUACUGAUCUGAGGGACAACAUUUGUUGUUUGACUGAUAAGCUGAUGAAGGUGGCUGGGCAACACGAUCAUUCUGGGUAUUUCCUUAUCGAGGACACUUUCUACAAUGAUACAAGACAUUAUUCUGCCACUGAUUACAGUAAGCCUAUACUCGAUUGGCUUGAGAAUUCCAGUGAUGAGGUAGCAGAGAAGUGGGAUGCCAUAACAUCUGGUGUUUUGAAGAAACGGCAAAAGGACUUGCUGAGCGGUUUGAGUAUUUCUAAUGUGCCUGAAUUUAAAUCUGAAAAAAUGCAAAUGACUCGUUUCUCUAACCUGCACUUCCGGCCCGGUGCUGCGUACCUCUACUGCCAUCAGGGGAACUGCAAGCACACGAUCGUGAUAAGGGAUAUGAGGUUGAUCCACCCAGAUGACACACAGAACCAAGCGGAAUACCCUCUCCAGACAUUCCAGUUGCAGAAGCGCCUGCAGAAGUGCUCGGUGUGCCAGAUCUAUCUCGCGACGAAGGUGACGGUCGACGAUAAGUGGGCUCUGAACAAUCCCUGCUACUUCUGCAUCAAAUGCUACUACCUCCUCCAUUACAAGGAAGACAGCACACUGCUAUAUCCUCACACUGUAUAUGAUUUCAUCCAAGAGUAA